AUGUCUAUCGUCAACAUCCGCAACAUUGAGCUCAUCAACAACCCCGCAAAGUUUGACGACGACUAUCACUUCAAGAUCAAGUUCGAGGCUAUAGCCCCACUUGUCGAGGACCUCGAGUGGCGUCUCAUCUAUGUCGGCUCGGCCAACAGCGAGGACUUUGACCAGGAGUUAGACUCAUGUAUGGUGGGACCCAUCCCUGCCGGUGUGAACGCGUUCGACUUUGUCGCCCCCGCGCCCAAGCACAACCUGCUGCCGUCGGUCGACGCUGAGGAGGUCCUUGGCGUGACGGUCAUCAUCAUCACUGCGUCGUACCGCGACAAGGAAUUUGUGCGCGUCGGCUACUACGUCAGCACGUACUACGAGGACGAGGCGCUCAAGGAGAACCCGCCAAAGCAGGUGAUCUGGGAGCAGGUGCACCGCAAUGUCCUGAUCGAGAAGCCGAAGGUCACACGAUUCCAGAACCCCUGGGACUCGGGGGCUGUGUCGGCGGAGGGGUAUGACGGCGGCGAUGAGCAACAAAUGUCGGGAGACCUGUACAACUCUGUGCUCCCGCCACCCGUUCAGGCCGCAGCUCCUGCGCCCAGAAACGACAUGGACGUCGACCAGCCGGCCAUCGUGGCGUAG